CCUACAGCAGCGUGGCCGUGCUGUGUUGUGUGUGUUUACGAGCAAGUAUACCUGGCUGAAAGGCUGUGAAACCCGUCCGGUGUCACUGAGCUGUAGAAGCAGGACGCGUUGUCUGCACGGCUAGCUUGUGAGCUAACAGCGUGUUUAUUGGCUAAAAACAUGAACGGUCAGCUGAACGGUUUCCAUAACAACUCGCCUAUUGAUGAAGACUGCUUCCUCUUCACGUCUGAAUCAGUCGGAGAAGGACACCCCGAUAAGAUUUGUGACCAGAUCAGUGAUGCCAUCUUGGAUGCACACCUCAGACAAGACCCAGAUGCCAAAGUAGCAUGUGAGACUGUUGCUAAGACGGGGAUGAUCCUGCUAGCGGGGGAGAUCACCUCCAGGGCCAAUGUUGACUACCAGAAGAUUGUCAGGGAAACAGUCAAACAUAUUGGUUACGAUGACUCCUCCAAAGGCUUUGACUAUAAGACCUGCAACGUGCUGGUGGCUUUGGAGCAGCAGUCCCCUGACAUUGCUCAGGGCGUUCACCUGGAUCGCAGAGAAGAGGAUGUGGGGGCUGGUGACCAGGGUCUGAUGUUUGGAUAUGCCACUGACGAAACUGAGGAAUGUAUGCCACUCACUGUUGUCCUGGCCCAUAAGCUGAACGCCAAAAUGGCUGAACUACGCCGAAAUGGAACGCUGCCAUGGCUCCGACCAGACUCCAAAACUCAGGUGACUGUUCAGUACAGACAGGAUCGAGGCGCCAUGGUGCCGUUGCGUGUCCAUACCGUUGUGGUCUCCGUGCAGCAUGAUGAGGGUAUAUGUUUGGAUGAGAUGCGUCACUGUCUGAAGGAGCAGGUGGUGAAAGCUGUGGUUCCCAGCGGGUACCUUGACGAUGACACCGUAUACCACCUGCAGCCCAGUGGCCGCUUUGUCAUCGGGGGGCCACAGGGUGAUGCUGGUCUGACUGGACGUAAGAUCAUUGUUGAUACUUACGGAGGUUGGGGGGCCCACGGAGGGGGAGCUUUUUCUGGAAAGGACUACACAAAGGUAGACCGCUCUGCUGCCUACGCUGCCCGCUGGGUAGCAAAAUCUCUGGUGAAAGCUGGGCUCUGCAAGCGUGUGUUAGUCCAGGUCGCCUAUGCUAUUGGAGUCGCCCACCCACUCUCAGUCUCCAUCUUCCACUAUGGGACUUCCCAGAAGAGUGAGAGAGAGCUGCUGGACAUUGUGAGAAAGAACUUUGAUCUUCGUCCAGGAGUUAUUGUGAGGGAGCUUGACCUGAAGAAGCCCAUCUACCAGCGCACAGCAGCCUAUGGUCACUUUGGUCGGGAUGUCUUUUCAUGGGAGGUGCCCAAAAACCUCAAAUACUGAACACCUCCUUUGUUCUCUCUGUCGGCCUUAGGUGUACUACAGAGUAACCUGUGUGUUUGUCUACCUCCCUCCUCCGUCCUCUUUCUUCUCUUUCUCUCCUUCACAAACAGCCACAUCACCACAGCCUCUACUAAAUGGAAAGACACCCUUUUCCCUUCAUUGCUCAGUAUUUUCCACAUCCUUGAAGAGAAAACAACAGUAUUUCAGAUGCCAAGACCAAACAGAACAGGCAUGUUAUUUGGACACACAGUGAUGAGAGAAAUUGUGCAUACCAUUUACAACGGCACUGCCACCUUGUAUUUGUCUGUAUUCUAGUGGU